AUGUCUUCUCCAGACGAUCACUUCAUCAUCCCUCAGGUCACUAGUGAAAACACCUUGUUUGAAUUCAAAGACAAGAAGCCUUCUAGACAGGCCAGCAACGAAAACAUGGAUCCCGAAUACUUCUUGCACCGUGCCAACCGCUUUGACAGCUACGACGAAGAAAAGGAUGCCAACCCAACCCACGCUAGCCAUCCCAAUGGUUACCAGCCUGUCACUAGUGUCUAUCCCACCGGAGAUCCCAGAGGUCCCGCCGGUGAUUGUCACAUGGGAAACUUUGGUGCACUUGCCAUCUUGUCUUUUGCCGUUGUUACUUCACUCUUGGCUACCAACAACCUGUUCUUGCCUGACAAGCCAAAUAACAUUAUUUUCCCAACCGCAUUAGUGUUUGGUGGUUUUGCUCAAGUUGUUGCUGGAUUCAUGUGCUUUUUCCGUGGGAAAACAUUCAAUGGUACCCUGUUUGUGUCUUAUGGUUCUUUCUGGCUGGGUAACGGAAUGAUGAUGCACCCCGGACUCCAUACUGCGUAUGAUGCCUAUACUGAUAAACACGAUCUCGAUAUUGCCAAUGCUUACUAUCACUUUGUCUGGGCAAUCUACACCAUUCUCAAUGUCGGCAUCUCUAUGAAGGUCCGGGGGGGAAACUUCUUGCUUACCUUUAACUUGUUCUUCGUAUUCUGUACCCUGUUCCUCGAAGGCUUCUUCUAUACUACCGGUCAUAUCGUCAUUCUUCGAAUCUCAGGUGUCACAGCCUAUCUGGCAGCUAUCGGUGCAUUCUACUCGGGUGUGGUUGAUAUUUUGGAAGAACAAGGCGUAGAACUCCCAAUAGGUGUCUACAAGAAGAAAUAG